UGUCGCUGAUGGGGGACUCUUCCUUGGCAGGUUUGAUAACUAUUCUGCCAAUGUCAUGGUAGACGGAAAGCCAGUGAACCUAGGCCUGUGGGAUACAGCAGGGCAAGAGGAUUAUGACCGACUGCGGCCUCUUUCCUAUCCACAGACGGACGUUUUCUUGAUCUGCUUCUCCCUUGUGAGUCCAGCCUCCUUUGAGAAUGUCAGAGCCAAGUGGUACCCUGAGGUCCGGCACCAUUGCCCAAAUACACCUAUCAUCCUGGUGGGCACCAAGCUGGACUUGAGGGAUGAUAAGGACACCAUUGAAAGGUUACGUGAUAAAAAACUGGCCCCCAUCACCUACCCCCAAGGUUUGGCCAUGGCUCGGGAGAUUGGGUCGGUAAAGUACCUCGAGUGCUCCGCCCUGACGCAGCGGGGCUUGAAGACGGUGUUUGAUGAAGCCAUCCGGGCUGUCCUCUGCCCACCGCCUGUGAAGAAACCCGGCAAAAAGUGUACCGUGUUUUGAGGGCUGUGGCCUGGGUGCUGGCUCAGCAUGUUGUCAUCCUCUGACAGAUUGCAUAUUAGCUGGGUGUUUCUGGAAGGGGCUGGGAUGUGUAGGGCCCUUCAUCAUGUACGAAGUCAGUGUUUUUUAAAUGUCUCUUUGAUUUAACGUCAGUGUUGAUGUGAAGGGGCAGUGGGGGCAGGAGACUAGCUGGGAGCUGUACAGCCCCCAGGGGAGGUACAAUGGGGAAGGCAAGGUAGCUCCUUGGGGCAACAGGCUGUUUUGGAUCUCCUGAACUCCAAGCUGAAAGGGCUGAGACAUCUGUCCUGUCCUGGAAACACCUGGCUUCAACCUGCAGGUGAAACAGGUGGUGAAGAUCCUUGUGGGAGUGGGGAGGGAGCCCAUACGAAUAGUGCUGAAUGACAAGAGCAGCUGGGAGAGUGGCAGGGUCUCCUUGCCCAGCCUACUGUGGCUAACAGUUAACAAAUUGGUGCUCUAGCAGAUAUGUGCCUGAGACUGUUAAAGAAAUCAUAACCAGCCAUGGAAGGGGUUGAAGUAAGUGAGAUAUGAAGCUGAAGAACUAAUCAUUAGGUGCUUUAUUGGGUACUA